GUCUGCAAAGCCUCUAAUUCCUCCUGCAACAUUCAGAGAGACACACAUACAAUGACUGCUGACCAGCGCUGUGUGAUCACGGCCCGGAUCAUUGGAGCCGUCCAAAAAACCAAACCAAAACUCAAGACCUUCAUGAUCAGUGUGUUAUGGUCUGAUAACGCUGAAGUGAUUGUCUACAGGUCCUUCCAAGAUUUCAAGAAAUUCCACAGGGACCUGAAAAAGAGAUUCCCCAACAUGAACCCUUUUCAGAAAAAGAACAGAGUAAUCCCCAAAUUUCAUGGAAAGGCCAGGAGAAGCAGUCUGCCACAGAAGGGAUCCAAGCGAUCUGUCCUACGCAUGAAGUUUCUGGAGAGCUACUGCGACAAACUGCUGCAGUGCGAACAAAACAUCAUCCAGAGCUCGGAGGUGACGUACUUCUUCACACCCAAAGACCAGGACCUGGAGUCAGACUUCACCACCAACAGCGUCAUGACUCUGCUGUCCGACGACAUGCCCGAUGGCGGCAGUGGAGGAGACGUGAGUCGCCAGCACGCAGGCAACGUAUCUCACCCUUUCGUCACCCAGACUUACCGCUGCAUCGCCCCCUAUGAGACAAAGGACACCAAGAACCGAGCGUUCAACGUUGAUGUGGACGAGAGGCUGGAUGUCCUGAUCAAAGACCCUGCAGGUUGGUGGCUAGUGGAAAAAGAGGAUAAGCGAAUGGCCUGGUUUCCUGCUCCGUUUCUGGAGUUAUUAGAGGGAGAGGAUGACGACGAUGCUGGAUUCCAGCUGGCAGGUUCCCUGUAUUGUGCCGUGAGGAGUUACUCGACCAAGAAGGAGGAUGAAGUGUCCGUGCCCAUCGGCUCCGUGGUGGAGGUGCUGAGAAAGUCUGACAAUGGCUGGUGGCUCAUCAGGUUGAAUGGAAAGGCAGGGUAUGUCCCCGCCAUGUACCUGAAGCCCUACAACAACCCACGAGCAGGCAUUUUCAGCAUGCAGAGAAAGAUGCAUAGUUCCACCCUCCACCUGGAGAGCCGCAGGGAAUCCGAGGCUUCUUAUUCGUCAAGCAUCACUGAGGAAACCAACCCAGGAAGAGGUCAGCCAACUGCACCUGGCAGGAUCCACAAGGCCCGCUCUCUCGAUGUCCUCUCAGAGACCUGGCUGCAGGGACAGGCGGCUAGAGGUGCCUCCACCGCAGACAGUCGCAAGUACAGCACCAGCACUGAGUCCAGCUUCUCCGGGCUCUCCUCGAGCAGCGAAUCCAGCCAGUCCCUCUCGCCGAGCCCAGUGUCUGUAGAUCUUCCCUCAGUCUCACCGCAGCCCAGUACUAGCUCCCAUGGCAACACCAGCCCAGAUUUCAGCAACACCAGCCCUGACUCGCAGAGGUCCAAGAGCAGCGACGGGGCUCCGAGGGUGCCAGCCAGACCCAGAACUGAGGAGAUUCUGACCCGCUGCACCACCUUGACCCGCAAGGCGGCACUGGCGACCAAGACAGUGCUGAGAAACCAACAGUUUGAAGCCUCCAUGGCUGACAACUCUCACUACGGCCACUCAGAUAAGAUACAUGUUCUUUGAAUCAAUAAUUUAUUAAUGUAUUUAUGGUGAACCAGGAUUUACUUGCUUGUACUUUCUAAGAAACACCUUUAUAGAAUAACUCUUGGUAAGCUCAACCUUGAAUUUUGAAGGGUUAAAUGAGGUACUGAGACAAAGUAAAGACCAAGUCAGAGCAGCCUCGUGAAACAGAUGCCACAAGGUUUAUUCAUGUAGGUCUUAGUCUCGGUUGGUCAAUGUCGGCUUUAGUACAAGCUGGACGAUAACAUCAAGAGUUGGUGCAAAGGUGAAGGAUGUUUUUGCAUUCCACGUUUCAGGAGAUGAAGGAUGAAAUUGGUUGUAUAUAUUCAAUUUACCACUUAACAGUCACAUGUUUAUUGUUUUAAUUUAUUUAUAGAUAUGCAGAGGCAAAUUAUGAGUAUUCACAUGUCAUGAAUAUAUUUUGAUAGUUUUUAGGAGAUGAGGGCUUGAAAUACUCAUCAUGAAAGAAGACCUGAUUAUAUACGAUGUAUAAAUUCCACUUAAGUUGAUCUGAUAUGAAGAGAUUGAGUCUGGAUGUUGCUGUAUUUUUUUCUGUUUUUUUAGUUUUGUUGCAUAUUUAGAUUAUAUUAUAUUUAUGUUUUGCUGAUUUUUAUUAUGUUUACCUGUAAAAAAUGGCCCCCGGUUUUUGUGUUUAAAUUCAUGUCACCGAGCCGUGAUUAACGAGAAGAAUCAUCAUCAAAUCCCAUCCAGUAGAAUCAAAUCUUAUCUUGGGUGUGUGAAUAUGAGACUAGUGUAUUAAACAGAUUGUAGCUUCAGUGAAGUAUUUAUGCAGAGAAAAGGCAUGUGACAUUAAAGAGAUUAAAUAUUUACACUGGCUGUUGUAUAAAGAAAUCAGUGCAAGAUGAGAAAGUAAAUUUAUAUUUCCACCUAUGUAUAUAUAUAUAUAUAUAUACAUAUACAUUUAUGUAUAUAUUCUGUUUUUUUGUAUUUGCUUUAUCAUUCACAACUGUACCUUCAAAGCUUGUAAUAAGAUUCCUUUUGAUCAAAUGCUGAAUUUGUCGGGUGUGGUUAACAAUGUAUGAUGUAAAUUUACCACAAACAAGAGAAUAAAGUCACAAAA